AACAGUCUUACGACGAAUCUUUGGACCCAUCAAAGAUGCUGGACCCAUCAAAGAUGCUGGACCCAUCAGAGAUGCUGGACCCAUCAAAGAUGCUGGACCCAUCAAAGAUGCUGGACCCAUCAAAGAUGCUGGACCCAUCAAAGAUGCUGGACCCAUCAAAGAUGCUGGACCCAUCAAAGAUGCUGGACCCAUCAAAGAUGCUGGACCCAUCAAAGAUGCUGGACCCAUCAAAGAUGCUGGACCCAUCAAAGAUGCUGGACCCAUCAAAGAUGCUGGACCCAUCAAAGAUGCUGGACCCAUCAAAGAUGCUGGACCCAUCAGAGAUGCUGGACCCAUCAAAGAUGCUGGACCCAUCAAAGAUGCUGGACCCAUCAAAGAUGCUGGACCCAUCAAAGAUGCUGGACCCAUCAAAGAUGCUGGACCCAUCAAAGAUGCUGGACCCAUCAAAGAUGCUGGACCCAUCAAAGAUGCUGGACCCAUCAAAGAUGCUGGACCCAUCAAAGAUGCUGGACCCAUCAAGGAUGCAAAAGCAGGGAAUAGAAUGUGAGAAACAACAAACAAAUUCAUAA